GAGCUGCACUGGCUGCGCGUGGCUGAGCAGGAGUACUCUCUGCAGCACACCAGGGAGCAGGACUUUGAGAUGAACGGCCGAGCCCUUUGCAUCCUCACCAAGGGCGACUUCCCACUCCGCUCCCUGGGUUCAGCUGACGUUCUGUAUGAGUUGCUCCAGUACAUCAAGACCCAGCGGCAAGCUGUGGCAUGUGGGCCCUUUUUCGGAAGAGCUUUCAGGCAGAGGGGGCCCACUCAGCCCUUCCCCUGCUGCCUGGAAGACUGCCAGCUGCUGUGGGAUUACAAGUAUCAGCUGCUCUCUGACACCUGGUACCAGCCCUACAUCAAGUGGGAAGACAAUAAUGCCAAGAUCUUCUGAGUUGUGGAUCCAAAUGGGCUUGCCAGAUUCUGGGGAAACCACAAGAAGCAGGUGAACGUGACCUAUGAGAUGUCACAUGCCUUGCCCCAGCAUAAUCUGAACAUCUUUAAGAAGGAACCCGGGCAGAAACUCCUGUUCAGAUUUCUGAAGACACCCAGGAAGAUCAAUCAGGACAAGGGCAACAGCAGGGAGCUUCUGGAGAGCCAGGAGCAGGACAGAGUGGACUUUAAGGAGGAGAUGCUGGAAUUUUCAGUCCUUGGCGACUCUGAUCAUGACCCAGUAAAGAUCGCCCACGCCGCCCACAUCCUGGCUUCCUAUGCUCCUAUACCCAACGCGGACCGGAAUUUCUUCAGCGGGGUCCAGAGGUCUCCGCCCGCGGACGUGAGGGAGCUGGAGGAGCUACCGCCGCCUCAGCCCAGGGGCCUCUCGCGCCGACGCAGCACCCACCCGCUGACAAGAGAUUUGCGAGGAAGGGCGAGCGCCGAGCUCCUGCGGCUCCUGCGGCUCCUGCAGGGCCCGGCGGCGAGCGAGGCUGACGGCAGGGAUUCUCCAUACAGAGCAGCAGCCCUCGGAGUAGUCUAG